UAAUAAUCAAUGUGUAUGCACCUUUACAGGCAUCGACUAUACCAUCAGCAAUACGUAUCAGGGCUACAAGACAUUUCAAGGAAAGAAUUUACACUCGAUUUCGAAUGACUUUCUAAAUCCAUACCAACAGGUAAUUUGCAUCCUUGGUGAAACACUGGCGCCUUUGAAUGUAAAUGGCGUAUUCCCUGCAUAUGGAUUUGGUGAUUCUAAGUGUAAAGACAAAACUGUUUUUGAAUUAAAACCUGGGGAAAAGUGCGAAUGUUUCAGUGAUGUGCUAGAUGCAUACAACAAAGUGACACCAACAAUAAAACUUGGAGAACCAACCGACUUUGCCCCAUUGAUAUUUACAGCUAUUGAGAUAGUUAAAGAAACAAAUGAGUAUCACAUUCUAGUUAUUGUUGCAGACGGCCAACUCGCUUAUGAUACGCCUACGAAAACUGCUCUGAUAGAAGCUUCACACUACCCGCUUUCCAUAAUUGUUGUAGGGGUAGGCGACGGACCAUGGGGAUCCAUGAAGACGUUUGAUGAUGGUCUAAAGGAGAGACUUUUUGAUAAUUUUCAAUUUGUGAACUUUCAUGAAGUGAUGAAAGACGCUGAAAAUCCCGAGGCUUCAUUUGCAUUACAUGCUUUGAUGGAAAUACCAGAACAAUAUAGAUACCUCAAACAGAAAAGUCUUGUUCACUAACAAACUGAAGCAAACCAUACGGAACCUCUUACACCUAAAGCGGUUGCAUUUGACGUAUAUACGGAGCUUAAGUGUUUUUUUAUUCGAAUAUGUACACUAUGAUCAAAACCCUUAUUUUGCUUGGCUUUGAAACUACCUUUACACGUCUAACUGAAAGCAAAUAACGUCUGAAUACAUAAUAUAAUUAAGCACAAUAUAAAUAUUCUGAAUGGUUACUUGAUGAGACAGAACAUGUAAAACACAGACAGCCAAUACCUGACGUUGUAACCAACGUUGGCUAUUUUGGAGUCAUAACCACGACGUAAGAUUUUGGUUAUAGCAUAUUUAUUGUAGUUUAAAAAUAUCAAGCAGGUCAUGAAAAUACGCUAAAAUCUUGUAAAUAAUAUUUCAUUAGUACACUGAAAAUUGUAAGUGAUGAUUUUAAUGGAAUUGCGUUAUUGUCUAUUUUCUAAAUUAGCGUAAACAGAUCAUUUCUUUCAGAUACUUAAAACUGUUCCAGAGUGUAUGCACGUUGAUUCAUCAGUGCAUUUAUAACAUAAAUUUAUUGAUAUAUUUAUAUGUUAUAAAUGAUAUAAUUUUUUUUUCUGACGAAUUCAACAGAGUGAUUGAAAGAGAUACAGUUACUGUCAUGUAAUUUAGAUAAUUAACUAAAGAUGAAACAAACAAUAUAAGUUGAUCAAUAUUUAUAUUUCAUUUGGCUUAUUUAGUAACUGUAAAGCUUAAUAACACACAAAGAUUAUUGGCUUAUGAAAAAAUAGGGUCGUGUUCUUAUAUUAUUUCGCUAGAUUGAUUUUAGAAGUAUUUGUUUUAAUAGGAAUCUAUGGGAAAACUACAAUUUUUAUGACAUUUUGGCGAAGACAAAAUUUUAAAUGAAAUUUUUCAUAAUUAAAAGUUAACAUUAAUGACUAUUAUAUGGUCAAUUAAAUUGUAUAGUCCAUGUGCGUUUUUGAGAUAUUUGCUCUUGUGGAAACAGAAAGGGUCUCAUUUUGACAUUGUAUCUAACUAUAAUUCUGCAGAUGCCCGAUUCAACGCCACCAAAAUAGUUUUGAUAUUCCCUUCACGUUUAUCUCUAUAAAACUUGGAACGUGCUUAUUGCUGUUUAAUUUUGAUAAAGUAUGUCGAACUGUUUCUUUCAUCUUUUUCAGCCGACAAGUAUCGCUAUUUAUUUAGAACAUCAUAUUUUCAUAUAAGGAUGAACCAUUUGUUGCGAAAGUUGUCACGUAUCAAUCAGUAUUAUUUAAACUUAUGUGACGCAAGAGAUACAAGUUCUUGAGAUCGAUAAUUAAUGUGGCCGCCUGUAUCUUAAUAUCAUAUUGACAGAUCUUUUGUCUGUCCAAUGAAUGAAUGAAAUGAAAUGGUCGUUGAAUUGAUUUUCUCGCAAUUUAUAUUACGCUACCUCUUACCAAAAUAAUAUAAUUGUAGCAUUUGACUAAAAUAGAUCUUUAGAAUUGGGUUACCUGGGGAGAAAUUAUUUCAAGGUAUAACUCGGAAUAUAACGUUUCAAAAUCGAUGCCCAAGAUGUGAACUUUUGAAUGACAGUAGUAUAAUUGUUCACUAGUAGGUGCAGAUGAGCAUAUCUGCCUCAGGAGGUAACAAAGUUCUUCGCCAAAACAGGUACCCUUGUAAUUAUACAAAGCGCGUGAAAGUUGUCUAUAAAGAGGAAGCUGCACAACGUCUUAUCGUCUGCAGUGUAACGCAAUGUUUUUAUUAUAAACAACUAGUUUUUUCUGAUGAGAAAAAAAAUAUCCAUAAGGAACUCAGUAGAACUAUGAAGUUGUUUGAUUUACCCGGUAUUACAUAAUAUAUUAUGCAUUAGUGCACGAAUGUACAACAUGAAUAAAGACAGUUCAACGUCAUUUGCAGCGCGGGGGUCAUCUUACAUCAUAAGAUGAAGUUUCCCAGCACCGGAGGAAACAAGAAUAUGUUGUCCCUAGCCCUAUGUCAAAUCAUAUAAUUUCGUUAUUCGUUGGUGUUCUAUAUGUCUUUAUCAAGGCAAUUUGUUUCUAAUCAGUCAUAUAUAACUAUGAAUUGAUUUCAUUCAACGCUAAAAUCUCAUCGUCGACGAUUAGAUUGUACUUAUUUACCUCGAAAUACAUGAAUAAGAAUAUAUCUACAUACAUCUAUGAAUUUACAGAAUUUAGAAUUUAAAACGAAAACGACUAAAUAAAAGGAAUACUUCAUUUGAAUUAUCUCAAAAUUUUCAUUUUAAAAAUAAACGGGAAUCGUGGUUGACGUCUGGUAUGUGAAAAUAAUCGGACAUACGUCGAAUGAUAUACAGUAGAUCUUCGUUCGCUCUAACUCGACGGGACAAACAAAAUUUGUUCGAGUUAUCGGUAGUUCAAGCCAUCGAAAAAUAUACAUUAUAUAGAUAUUUUGCCGGGACCUGACAAUGAGUUCGAGUGAAGAGUGGUGUACGAAUUAUCCGAGUUCGAAUGAACGAAGUUUGACUGUAUAGAUAAGAUGUCGAAACGGAAGCCUAAAACUUGAACUCAGGCGCAUUUAACUGCUUUUCAGAAAAUCCCGUGUCUGUCUGCCCUGUGCAGUCUGCUUUCGUCUUGUGGUGGUGCAAACUAUAAUAAACAAAUAGUAUACAUAAAUUGCUAUAUCCCGGAUAAAUGAUUUAGCACAAGUUUUGUCUUAAACACCUUAAAUCAAAUUUUUCUUACUGCCAGUGGUCUUUGAAAUAGCCGUUGUAUAUUCCCUAAAAUGAUACUUUUUUGUCUUUUUUUUUUGUUUUUGGGUUAAAACGCCAUUUUUCAACAGUAUUUCAGUUAUGUAUCGGCGGGCAGUUAACCUAACCAGUGUUCCUGGAUUCUGUACCAGUACAAACCUGUUCUCCGCAAGUUACUGCCAACUUCCCCACAUGAAUCAGAGGUGGAGGACGUAUGAUUUCAGACCCAAUGUCUUUCAUCAAAUCGUCACGGAGAACAUCCGCCUCGCCCUAGGAUCGAACUCACGACCUCGAGAUCCGCAGAUCUGCCCUCUCCCUAUUGAGCUAAGCGGGCGGGCCUAAAAUGAUACUCACUCUACACGAAGAGAAAAACAAAAUUACAAACGCUUAUCAAGGCUAACAGGCCACAUCUGCGAUGGUUUCAAUCAGGAAUGAGGUGUCGAGCGUGAUUAAAACAAGUUGUAGAACUCACUGGCACCAGAUCAGAAAGAAAACGCUUCUGUACAUGUUAUACCCUAGCCCUAGUUAUUUUAUAAGAACCAUGGUCAUGAUCGGGAAAAUAUACUAACCCAUUUCAAUCGCACAUUUCAUACCCAACACGCGCAGUUCGGUAAAUGUGUACUAUGGAUGUUGUAAUUUAUCUUCCAUUGUGUACCGGUCACAUUUCAUCAAUAUUUCUUAUCUCAGAGAAACAACGCGUAGUUUAUAGGUUUUUCAACGUUACAAAUAUAACGGUCUAGAUAGCAAAACCAUUCUGAUUGGCUGAUGUGAAAAUGUAUGUCAGUCGUCGUUUAACUACACGUGUACGCUAAAAUGUGUAUAUGCAGCAUAAAUGUGCAAUAUGAAUUAAACAAACAGUUGUAUGACUUCAAAUUCAAAAUCAUAUCUAAGAUGAAUUUCAUUCAAUAUUUCGAGUUUUUGGAUCGAUUGUCUCACAAUCGAUCAAAAGUUAACAAUGCAGAAAUUUCCUUACUGCAAACCGAACAAAAUAGUGCGGAAAGUAGUUCCAUGCUAUAGAUUAAGUCAACCAUCAAAAUAUAAUUAUUCUGGCACGAAUGUAUUUUCAGCUGCCGAACGUCCAAAACAAGAAAUUCUUAACGUUUUUCUCAGUUUUUAUUAAUGUACAUUUCUGUUUUGUAUUUCUGACUGCAGUGACAUAUUAAUGCGCGAAAACUAGGUCACCGACAAACCUACGAUGCCAGCUUUGUUUACAGCACAAACUGAUCCUUAAGACGUUGUUGAAAGAUUACAGCUAGCCCAGAAAAGUCUUUUUUUGUAGCGAUUUUGAUCGAUAAGAUUUUAUUUACCUGAAAAACAAAAAAACAGUCCGAGAUAGCAAGGGAAACAGCUGUAGUGCGAAUAGUCUUUAAAACGUUACCUCCCUUUGUUUCAUUUGCGUCCUUUGCAUACAUGUCAGAAAAACAUUUUUCCACGAACAAAAAGAGGUUAAUAUCUCAUCCCAACUAUUCGGAUCACCAGGCAGAUCAUACCUUUAUUGUACAACAGACAUGCUGAUUUAAUUUGUAAAUGCCCUAAUAUCUGUUUAUGCAGGAUGAAGGCGUAAUUUCGCCCCAGUCAGUUCGUCCCCAAUUUGUUUUAAUGGAAUUGGUUAGAGAUCCGUUACAUAAUAUAUACAACAAGUAACAUGUACGUAUUAUGUACUGUAUAGCAUGUGUAUAAAAUAAUUGCUGCUAAAAGUUC